AUGGCUCUACCGGGCUACGAGACCGGACGGUGCGUUUUUGAUAUUGACGGUGUUGACUACGAGGACGUUCACAUCCUGGACUGUGACGGAGGGCUGAUUGACGCGAGCUGCCUUGCCAUCCUGGCGGGGCUGCUUCACUUCCGUCUGCCGGAAUCUACAGUGCGAGAUGGCGAGGUGACCGUCUUCACUACGGAGGAGAAGGUGCCUGUACAGCUGAACCUGACCAAGAUCCCGCUGUCCGUGACGUUCAAUCUCUACGAUGAAGGCAGGAUCAUGCUCCUAGACGCCACGGCGAGCGAGGAGGCAGUCAGUGAAGGGUCGUUGGUCGUUGCUCUUGACAAGACGGGGGAGAUUGCGCUGUACUCGAAGCCUGACGGGGCUCCAGCGGACCCGGUGAAUAUGGUGAACUGCUCCACGCUUGCGCUGGAGAAGGUGAGGGAGCUGAACAAGCUGCUUGCUGCCCGGCUGGAGGAGGACAAGCAGCUUCGGGAGAAGAAACGGCCCACGGCAGGGCUCAGUGCGGCCCAUGAGAGGUGA